UCUGGAAGCUCUACUUGAUCCUAUUGUUUCUUAAACUGACAUCAGAGCUUUUUUUACGAAGUCUCUUAAUACAGAAGGGACGUCGUCUACUCUCAAGUGAGCUUUUCUGCUUUUGGGUUUCGUUGUUGCGUUGACAUAUUUUGUUGCUUUUAUUUGAACUGCUUUUUGCAGCGAAAUCUGGAUUCUGAUAACUUGUGUUUCUUUGACACUUUUUUGUUUUUUGCUUUUUUUGUUUUGUCUUCCUUUCCCCUUUUUUCCAAGAAAAAGACAUAGGAAAACGCACCUGCAUCUUCCGAUAGACAAUACACUCGUUCGCACGCGGUAAAGCAUUUACCCGUGAUCAGAGGAAAGCUGGUCGCGAAAGCAGAGGAAUAGACACCCAGGGAGUCUGAAAGAAUCUGUUUUCAUGUUUGGGAUUCAGGAGAGUAUUCAAAGGAGUGGGAGUAGUAUGAAAGAGGAGCCGAUCGGAUCCGGGAUGAACGCAGUUCGAACAUGGAUGCAAGGAGCCGGAGUCCUGGAUGCUAACACUGCCGCUCAAAGCGGAGUGGGUCUGGCCCGGGCGCACUUUGAGAAGCAACCGCCGUCAAAUCUGCGGAAGUCCAACUUCUUCCACUUCGUUUUGGCUCUGUACGACAGACAAGGGCAGCCGGUGGAAAUCGAAAGGACUUCUUUCGUCGGCUUUGUUGAAAAAGAAAAGGAAACCAGCGCCGAGAAGACGAACAAUGGAAUACACUACAGACUUCAACUUCUGUACAGCAAUGGCAUCAGGACAGAGCAGGAUUUUUAUGUGCGACUCAUCGACUCUAUGACCAAACAGGCAAUUAUAUAUGAAGGUCAAGACAAGAACCCUGAAAUGUGCCGGGUAUUGCUGACACAUGAGAUCAUGUGCAGCCGCUGCUGCGACAAGAAGAGCUGUGGGAACCGCAACGAGACGCCCUCUGACCCCGUCAUCAUCGACAGGUUCUUUCUGAAGUUCUUCCUGAAAUGCAACCAGAACUGCCUGAAGAAUGCAGGGAACCCGCGGGACAUGCGGCGGUUCCAGGUGGUGGUCUCUACCACUGUGAACGUGGACGGUCACGUCCUAGCCGUGUCAGACAACAUGUUUGUGCACAACAACUCCAAGCACGGGCGGAGGGCCCGCAGGAUUGACCCCUCUGAAGGUACGCCGUCAUAUCUGGAACACGCUGCCCCCUGCAUCAAAGCCAUCAGCCCCAGUGAGGGGUGGACGACAGGGGGCGCCACCGUCAUCAUCAUCGGGGACAACUUUUUUGACGGGCUGCAGGUCAUUUUCGGCACCAUGCUGGUCUGGAGCGAGCUCAUCACCCCGCACGCCAUCCGGGUUCAGACCCCUCCCCGACACAUCCCGGGCGUGGUGGAGGUCACCCUGUCGUACAAGUCAAAGCAGUUCUGCAAAGGCACACCUGGACGCUUCAUCUAUACCGCGCUGAACGAACCCACCAUCGACUACGGCUUCCAGAGACUCCAGAAAGUCAUCCCUCGGCACCCUGGAGACCCAGAGCGCUUGCCAAAGGAAGUGAUUCUGAAGAGGGCGGCUGACCUUGUGGAAGCACUGUACGGAAUGCCACAUAAUAACCAGGAGAUCAUCUUGAAGCGGGCGGCGGAUAUCGCGGAGGCGCUGUACAAUGUGCCGCGGAACCACAACCAGCUGGCGGGCCUGGGGAACAGCUCCGUCCACACCGGCAUGAUGGGGGUCAACUCCUUCCCCGGCCAGCUGGCCGUCAACGUGUCCGAGUCGUCGCAAGCUACCAACCAGGCUGCAGGUUUCACCCGGAACACGAGCAGCGUAUCGCCACACGGCUACGUCCCCAGCUCCACGCCCCAGCAGACCAACUACAGCUCCGUCACCACCAGCAUGAACGGCUACGGCAACACGAGCAUGUCCAACCUGGGCGGCUCGCCCAGCUUCCUCAACGGGUCAGCGGCCAACUCGCCCUACGCCAUCGUGCCCUCCAGCCCCACCAUGGCGUCCUCCACCAGCCUGCCCUCCAACUGCAGCAGCUCCUCGGGCAUCUUCUCCUUCUCUCCCGCGAACAUGGUGUCCGCUGUCAAGCAGAAGAGCGCCUUCGCCCCUGUGGUGCGGCCGCCAGCCUCGCCCCCGCCCACCUGCACCAACACCAACGGCAACGGCCUGCAAGAGCAGUCUUUUGUGGACUCUAGCAAGUACUCCACGUCCAGCUCACUGCAGGCUCUGGCCUUCCCCUGAAUGAUCCCUGGAAUGAUUGUUCCCCCCAUGUAGAAGAACAGCACAUGUUUGACUGCGUGGUUUCCGGAACUCUGGAUGUGGAUGGAGUCCAGCCAUCGAGGAAAUAAAAUCUUUCACUCAGGCCUUUGCUCUUUUUUCUGUGUUUUUGUUUUUUAAAGGAAAAAAAUGAACAUUUGAACAAUAAGAAAAGAACAAUUGCAACAACUUUCCCUGCUUUUUAAAUUUGUAAAUCUUGUUAUACACUUUUUUGAGGAGUGGUUUUGAGGAAGGGAGGCCACAAGUUCACCUGAAACCCCCCAUCCCCCCAUCCCCCCCAUCC